AUGGUUCGGGUGUCGAAUGAACAAAGGGUCGCCAUUGUUACCGGUGCCACGAGUGGUAUCGGUUCAUGGCUGGCAGCACAUCUUCAUCGCAAUGGCUACCGCGUAGCCAUCUGCGGUAGACGGGAGAAGGAGGGCCAGGCAGUUGUCCGUUCGCUCGACGCAUCCGAAAACACAUCAAUGUUUGUCCAGUGCGAUGUGAGCUCCUACUCCUCACAAUCCAACCUCUUUCAAUCAGUGUGGAAAAGGUGGGGUCGACUUGAUGUACUGAUUUCCAACGCCGGGUGUGUAGAUCGAGGCUCCGUUUACAACUUUGCACGCCGCGAUGCGGCCAUUGAUGAUUUGCCCGCGGAGCCCAACACCACCUGCACUGACAUUGAUUUGAAAGGAACGAUAUAUGGAACUACACUGGCAACUCACUUUAUGCGGCAUAAUCCGGGGGGAAAGGGAGGCAAGAUCGUAGUGACUGGCAGCAUGAUUGGUAUAUAUCCUUGCCAAACCUUUCCCGAGUACUGCGCUGCAAAGGCCGCAGUCCAUCAGUGGGUCAAGACGGUGGGACCGAUCCUGCAGGUCAAGGAAAACAUUACUGUCAACUGCGUGAUGCCUGGUGGUAUCGAGACACCUGCCAUGCCUGGCUUUAGCAAAGCCUUCCGCCCGGAACAGAUGACGUUGCAAUCGACGUUAAUAGCUGGUUUUGAUUCCUUCCUCAGUGAUGUGGAGAAUACCAAGACUGGCCAGCUGAUCGAAGCUGCACACGAUGAAAUCAUUGAUUGGGGCCAUCCAGGAUACAAGAGCGGAGCAUUCGCAAAGCGCACUGAAGCUGUCUUUGAGCCAUGGUUCGAGAUGAUGCAUGGAGAAACAAGCGGACUGCCGGGCACGAUCCCGGACUGGCCUGACCCAAAGGUCAAAAUCAUUGCAGUGACAGGCGCUACCGGAAGCCAGGGUGGCGGCGUAGUAAACAUUAUGAAGAAGACAGCUGGCUGGAAGGUCCGCGCGGUUACACGAAAUCCUGACAGCGAGGCCGCCAAAAAGCUCGCAAAAGAAGGUAUAGAGGUGGUAAAGGCCGACUUUGACGAUGAGGCCUCUCUCCGUGCUGCGUUCGACGGCGUACAUGCCGUCUUCGCAGUCACCAACUGGUGGGAAUCGCUUUUCCGGGGUAAGACGCAACACGAAUGCGGCCAAAUCGAAGAGCGCCAUGGAAUGAAUCUAGCACGGGCUGCUGCGUCGUCUCGUACAGUAGAGCACUACAUCUGGUCGACAUGUCCGAGUGCAAAGCGCCGGUUCUGGGGCAAGAUGGAAGUCCCGCAUAUGGACUACAAGGCGAAUGUCGAUGCUCGCAUCAAAGCCGAGCUCCCUCAACUCGCGGCUAUAACGACGUAUCUGUACUUUGGGUAUUACCCGCAAAACAUGGCUUUCUUCCCCAUGUGCAAGCCUAUUGAAUAUGCAAACACAGGCCGCUGGGUUCAAGCCGUCCCCUCAAAGCCAGAUGCCAAAGUCCUUCUUGCCGGUGACAUGAGCGUUAACCCCGGCAUCUGGGUACGGCAAGUCCUGGCCACAGGAAGCAAAGCAUUCGGCCGCUGCGCCAAUGUUGCAUUAGAAAAGUGGACAUUCCAACAAAUGGUGGAUGUCUGGUCCGAGGUAACAGGCAAAGACUGCGUCUAUGCUGAGAUCAGCCCAGAAACCGCUGCCCAUCUGCACGGCCUGGUGGGUGUAGAGCUGUCAUUGCAGUUCAAGUACGGCGAGGCGUGUGAUCCGUGGGAGGUAACAGAUGAAUUCAUCAGCCCCGAGGAGCUCGGCAUUGAUCCCAAGGAAGUCGUGGGGUUCAGAGGAACGAUCCAAGGAUUGAAGGAUGCCGGUUUCUGGGCUUGA